AUGCCCACCAACGACCUCAUUACUAAGCACACAACAUCUUCAAACGGCACUCCCCUCCGGGACACAACCACCUUCAUCACAGGCCACAGUUCCGAGGCAGAAGCCGUGUACCACAGUGUCGUGCCCGCCUCAUGGCAAAAGAUCAGAGAAACAAACCACUUCAACGUCAUUUACACCACCUCCGAGUUUCCCGUGAGCAUGGACGACGACAAGGAUAUCGACGCCCACGACAAGGUAAUGUCCUCGGGGUCAUUGGGCCUCGUCCGACCCAACGGCACGGUUUGCCGGACUGUGGAUUUCGCGCCGGACGGGGAAGCACUCAUGCAUCGCACCAAGAGUCUGGACUAUGGGAUCGUUGUCGAAGGUGAGAUCGAAUGCCACUUGGACUCAGGAGAAGUGAAGACCAUGAAGAGGGGUGAUGUUGCCGUCCAAAGGGGCACGAUGCACGCUUGGAAGAACGCUAGUAAGACCGAGUGGGCGAGAAUGGUGUUCGUCUUGCAGGAUAGUCAGCCUCUUAGCGUUGGCGGGAAGGUUCUUAAGGAGGAGCUGGGGCACGCUGAGGGUGCUAUACCUGCUAGUGGAAAUGAUCAGUAG